AUGUCUGACAUCCUCGCUUCCCAGUCUCUCAUCAAUGGAAGCUGCCUCUGCGGUGCAGUCAAAUACACCGUAGCGGGAGGUUACGCCCUCACGGUACUAUGCCACUGCAACAGCUGCCGGAAGUUCACUGGUUCCUCAUUUGGCGCCAACAGCUUGGUCGAUAGAGCGAACCUUACCGUGCACGACCUUGAGUCCAAGAUCUCGGUGUACGCGGCCCCAACCGCCGAGUCCGGUACCUCGCUGGCCCGUUCCUUCUGCAGUGCUUGCGGAUCUUCACUCUUCGUGGCCAACGACGCCUUUCCAAACCAAGUCGCCGUUACGUCGGGGUCCAUGGAUAACGUGCAGGGCGGCCAUGAUGCCGACGACGACAAAAUGUGGAGGCCGAAGCUGGAAUUUUUCUGUAAGAGAAAGGCAACAUGGCUAACAACCGAAGGUACUGUUGAGAGAGACACGAGCUAUCGGAUGAGAGCUCGCAACAUCCGUGAGCUUCUCAGCUCAAUAUUCCCUACGCUACAACACAAAUACAAGACAACGACCGUCCAGCGACACCCACAAACACAAAGCAUUCCCUUGAUCGCUGUUGCCACAAUGGGUGCCAACGAGGGGAGGGCAAUCUUCCUCAAUCCCGUCAUUCCGGGCUUCAACCCAGACCCGACCGUCUGCGUCGUUCCGGCAACGGAAUCGAGCCCUACGACGUACUUUCUGUCGACUUCCACUUUUGAGUAUUUCCCGGGUUGCGCCAUCUACACGUCAACGGACCUCAUCAACUGGAAGCUCAUUGGCCAUGCACUUACACGCAAGAGUCAGAUUGAGUUAAGAACCGUGGAGCCGGGAGCUGGAAGCUGGGCAAGCACACUUCGAUACCGGCCGCAGGAAAAGCGUUGGUAUCUUGCCAACGGCCUGUUCCAGAGAUAUCGUCCAGCAAACGACGAACGCAUCUUCCCUCGAGGCUUCUACGUCUGGACUGACAACAUCUGGGAUGAUAACGCCUGGUCAGACCCUGUUUACUUUGACAAUCCUGGAUUCGACCAAGACCUCUUCUGGGACGACGACGGAAAGGUCUACCUUUCUACCACAGUACGCAUGGGGAAGCGCACGCCGGGACUCAAAUUGAAGGACUUUGCUAUUCAUAUUUCAGAGAUAGAUAUCAUCACAGGGAGGACCUUGACCCCGCCACAAGUGAUCCGAGAAUCCCCCCAUGGCAUCGCUGAAGGCUCGCACAUCAUUCGCAAAGGGAAGUACUACUAUCUCUUCACCGCUGAAGGCGGCACGGAAGCCGGUCAUCAGGAAUGGGCUUUGAGAAGCGAGACAGGGCCAUACGGUCCGUGGGAGGGGCAGGGCGGGCCUUUGUGGUACAACGGGCCCGACGAGGAGGUCCAACGGACCGGCCACUGCGACGUGUUUGAGGAUGGUUGUGGACAGUGGUGGGCCGUGAUGCUUGGUGUCCGUCCUGUCAAGUCUGAAGGCAAGUUUCUCGAGCCUCAGAUGGGUCGAGAGACAUUCUUGGUUCGAGUUGACUGGGAGGACGAUUGGCCCAUCUUCAACCAGGGCCGAAAUAUUACACUUCAAACCAUUGGCAGGGGGCCAAUCCGUGAAGUUGCCGUUGCGGAUGAGAACGGAGUCAAGUGGAAGGCGGAUCUUUCCAAGCCGUCCCUUGAGCUUGGCUGGUAUCACAAGAACACACCGACCAAAUCCUGUCACAGCCUCACGGAGCGUCCGGGCCAUCUGAGACUUUAUGGUAACUGCUUCGACCUAAGCAGCCCCGAGUCGCCGGCGAUGCUGUUGAGGAAGCAGUCAUCCUUCAAUGAGAUCUUUCGGGUGAAAAUGUUCUUCAAGCCCAGCAGAGCAGAUUAUGAGUCGGGUAUCACUGUUUGGUGGAGCCAGUAUUCCUAUGCCACCGUUGGCAUUGGUGCAGUUCAGCCACAAGACGGCGGGCCGGCUGUCCCAACCAUCGUCAGUAGGCAGCCAACAGGCAAGAUCAACGAGCUCAAGCUCACGCGUCCGCUUCUGGAGUCCCGGAGUUCCCCAGCAUCCGCUUUGGAUUUGGACCAGCCAGUCCAGUUCACCAUCAUAACCAGCCCAACCAAGUAUGAGAUACGCCUCUCUGUUGGUGAGAUCAACACGAACAUUUCUUUCACGUCCGAGGAUUUGACCGUAUUGCCUCCCGUCGGGGGGGCCUUUUGCGGCGUCAUGUACGGCAUCUAUUCAUUUGGCCGAAACGAGCCGGUGCUUGAUCCCUCUGACUUCACCGACAUCGAGAUACUGGAGACAAGACCAUAG